AUGUCCGACUACGCAUAUGCCUUCCAGAAUCAAACGCCAUAUAGCGCCUUCCCGCCUCAGAAUCAACACCAGCACCUCCCGAACACCCCCAACCACGCCACUGCCUGGGACGCUCCUCACGUCGCGUAUUUUCAGCCGGUCCAUCAGUCGCGGCAUAUCUCAAACCCGAGUACGAGUUCCGUCGCGAGCGUCACCUCCCCGCCUCCGAUGACGGCUCAGCUCCGACCCACAUCCCAUGCGUCUUCCCAGCCAUCGGCACAGUCCCAGCCCUCGUCGACGCUUCUCUGGACGGAUUUGGAGAUAUGGAUGGACGCCGAGUAUGUCAAAACACCGUCGCACUCCGCCCCCACUAUCACGCAUUCAAACGCUUCCGGUGAUCAAGUGAUGACUAUGCCGAACUCCUCUCGACCCUUUGUACUCAAUUGGGCGCCGACGGGGAUUGUAGCAGCUAUUUCUGCACCACCACUGGGAUCAUCGGCUGCCAAUAUCAAUGGGUCGAUGGUUUCGACCACGCCUGCUACCUCUCAUAGCUCUGCGGCACCUGUCUCGGGGUUCACUUACAAUGGACCUUCAUCGCCCGUUGCAGAAGCCGCUGCCCCUGGGGUGUCGCCCAAUCAACAGCAGCAGCCCCCACAGUAUCCACGCGAGUACAGCAUUUUUGUGGGCGACCUGGCUCCAGAGACAUCUAAUAGCGAUUUGGUGGCUGUCUUUCGGAAUCCGGUCCUCGGCUUGCGCAAUGACAGGGCGCCGAAAUUCAUUCGGCCUUUUGUCAGUUGCAAAAGUGCUAAGAUCAUGUUGGAUCCCGUUACUGGUGUCAGUCGUGGCUAUGGCUUUGUCAGGUUCACGGAUGAAUCGGACCAGCAGCGUGCCCUGAUUGAAAUGCAUGGAUUAUAUUGUCUAUCCCGACCGAUGCGCAUUUCUCCGGCCACGGCUAAAUUCAAACCCCCUCCGGGGCCAACCCCCGACUUCGCUACGAUCCAGCCCAGUCCUUCGACGACAUCGAACACGACCAGCAGCUCGAGCAUGACUAGUUUCACCAGUGUAUCAUCCAUUCCCACGUCUGUUUCUGCCUCAUCAGACGGCAAUCUUUUGUCGCCUCAGUCACACACUCCAGGCGUGUCUACCUCAGGAUAUUAUCAGCCCCCGCUCAGUUCCCUCGAUUCGUAUGGCGGUGGUCCCUCCAAUGGCCACUCUGAGGAGUGGAAACAUCAUGCACAAGCACGGGCCAUUCUGGGACACAUGAUCGGCCCUAAUGGCGAGCAACUCACCAGCACUGAUCCUUAUAAUACCACUGUGUUCGUUGGUGGAUUGAGCCCGCUUAUCCAAGAGGACACACUCAAGUCGUUUUUUAUGCCGUUCGGAGAAAUACAUUACGUCAAAGUCCCGGUCGGCAAGCACUGCGGAUUCGUUCAAUUUGUUCGUAAAGCAGAUGCAGAACGAGCGAUCGAGAAAAUGCAGGGUUACCACAUUGGGGGUAGCCGGAUUAGACUGAGUUGGGGACGAAGUCAAUAUAAAGCUGCUCAGGCUGCUGCCCAAGCUGCCCAAAGUGCCGCUCUCCAGGCCUCCUCUACCCCAACUCAAGUUCCGAACCUGCAGCCGAUCAGUACACCCCAACCACUAGCUCCAUCUGUUACAGCGAGCCUGGCAUCCAACUCCAAUGUUAAUGGCUCAAAUGGACCGAACGGGAUGACGCCAGCCAUGCUGAACGGCUUGACACACGAACAGGCCAUCCUGCUUUUGCAAAAGUUCGGCAUUCAGGGUCUGCCUUCCAACGGCCAAUCUGGAAAUGGCGGUGAUGUAUACCAGAAUGCAAACCAGCAGCAGCCUGCGUAUACGGAUGAAAGUCUGAAGAUGCGGCGGGACGAUGGCAGCUUGGCAUUCGGAUAUCCACCCCGAUCUUCUUACGAGAUCACUUCUGCCAACGGAGGAGGCACCUUCUCGCCGUUCUCGCCGGAUCCGAAUCGUGCUCAGCAGCAGGGGACAACCCUCGCUGCAGAUCUACUGGGGAAGCGCCGCGACUCGUAUGCUGGAAGUACUGGCUACAGUGGCAUGGGGGGACUUUCGAGCCAGUCUUUCGGUGGCCCCUCAUUCUUCCAGCCUCCUCAUGGAAAUGGAAGAGCGUCGGGAUCUCCGACUGGAGCUUAUGGUGGAGGCGGGUUUGCCGGUAGUCCCCCGGCGUACAACCGUUACUCCGGCCAGCAGCAGCCGAUCUCGCGGCCGACUUCUGGGCCGCCAGCUCGCGAGCGAAGCGAAGACUUCGACGCGAUGCACGACCUGAAUGGUACGCUUGCCAGCCUGAAUUUGGAUCGGGAGCGGGAGCUGGAUGUCCCAGACCGGUCUUGGAGUUUGAAAAGCCCGCUGAUGGAAAAUGCGAGCACGAGCGGGGACAGUGCCUCCAGCGGCGGCAGUGUGCAGUUUCGGCUGACCAUGGGACGGACGCCGUCGCCUUGAACGAAUGAUAUCACGAUCCUUGCUUUCAUCUUCGCGCCACCCUUCGGAUGGAAUGGAACAUUGUAAUCUGCCCUACACUUAUAUUCGGCCCUUCUACUCCCGGCUCGCUCAUUCGAAUAAUUGGAACCGACUCGGCGGUUCUUCGCGCUGUUUUACGACUUUUUCGAUGCCGCUUUAUUGUCUCGCUACCUUGCACAGUCUAUGCACAGUCUAUCCUGUUUUCCCAGCUUUUGUUUCGGUUUUCGCGCACAGCUAUACUAUUAUAACUGGACUACCAUCUCUCUCUCCCUCUCGAAAAGCAAAUCGUAGUUCCGUUUACGCUACCAUUCCAAUUGAAUCGUGUUCUGG